AAAAAACUGGACCUCCGCGACUGCGAUGUUUCAGACAACGCCCUACGAGUGAUAUCGCUAUGCAAGCAGCUCAAGAAAAUCAAUUUAAACUCUUGCAAAGGGGAGGAGAGGACUUCAGUCACUUCAGACGGCAUCGAAGCAGUUGCACAGUCUUGUCCGUACCUCCAUGAGGUCACCCUGAAAAAAUGCCGCAAUGUCACUGACGGUGGCAUCCUGUCGCUCUCCCUGCAUUGUCCUCUGCUUCAGAUCAUCAACCUUAGUGGCUGCACCCAAAUCUCUGAUGUCUCACUGCAGGCUCUGGGGCAAAAUUGCCUUCAUUUACACAGCGUGGACUUCUCAGCUACAGCAGUGACGGAUGAUGGAGUCAUAGCUCUUGCAGCUGGAAGAUGUUCACAAAAUUUAAAGGAAGUUCACAUGGAUCGCUGUAUUCAUCUUACUGAUGACUCAGUGGAAGCCAUUUUGACGUGUUGUCCGAACAUUUACAUCCUGCUUUUCCAUGGCUGUCCGCAGAUUACAGGUCGGUCUUUGUCACAAACAUCCUACUUAUGA